AGAAUAAGUAUCAAUUGAAUAACUUGUUAGUUAGUCGCGAGCUUAGUAUCUAAAGAUAGUAGCUCUGGAGUUUUUAUUUUCCAGUGAGUUAGGUCUUGACGAGAGCAUGUUAAAAAUAUUCAAAGUUGAAGUAUAUGGAAGCUUGUUAGUUUUUUUUUUUUUUUGUAAAGUAAAAUGUUACUUAUUUUUAAAUGUGUUGUGGAAGUGUAAAGUGUUGAAGUGUUGAUCUAAGCUAUAAUCCAGCUAGUUAAAAUUUCGAGCUAGUUCUUCUUCAACCAACCCAAAUUCACCAAAUACUCCAAAAUGUUUCUAACAGAUAAGACAAAAAAACAUAAUGCCAUUUUAGCUGCUAUGUGUGCUAAUAUGUCAAAUUUUGCCCUUGGAACUUGCAUAGGAUGGACAUCUCCUGUUAUGCCUAAGCUAAGCGAUCACACUUAUGAUAGUCCACUCUCUGAGGCCGUAACAGUUACUCAACAAGGCUGGAUUAGUUCACUUAUCACAAUUGGAGCUAUAACAACUUCACUCAUAGCGGGACCAUUGGGCGGAAAAAUUGGAAAGAAAUUAGUUCUUCUUAUCGGUACAGUUUUAAUAGAAGUUUCUUACAUAUUACUUCUAUUGGCAACUGAUGUAUGGAUGUUGUAUGUUGCUCGAUUACUACAAGGUAUUGCUGGAGGUCUUUUAAUUGCAACACUGCCAAUGUAUGUUGGUGAAAUUUCCACAAACGAACUGCGAGGAGCCCUUGGUUCCCUAAUGACGCUUUUUAUGUGUGGUGGAAUUCUGUACGCCUACUGUAUCGGUCCUUAUGUAAGUUACAUUGCCUUCCAGUGGUACUGUUUGGCAGUUCCAAUAUUUUUUGUUGGAACUUUCAUCUUUAUGCCAGAAACACCUUAUCAUUUGGCUAAAAAUGAUCGCAAAGAUGACUUGUUGAAAGCCUUAAAAUUCCUCCGAGCAACAAACGAUAAGGCUAUUGAAGAUGAAAUGAAUCAAAUUCAGACCUCAGUCAAUGAAGAUUUAUCUAAAAAUGGAUCAAUGUUAGAUAUUUUCCGUGAUCGAGGCAAUUUCAAAGCACUCGCCAUUUGUUGUGGUUUAUUGGUAUUUCAACAAUGCAGUGGAGCAACAGCAGUAACAUUCAACAGUCAAUCGAUCUUUGAAAGUGCCAAAUCAACUUUAGACCCUGCUGUGGCAGCUAUUAUUCUUGGUCUAACUCAAUUAAUUUCGAAUCUUCUAACACCGUUUGUAAUAGAACGAACUGGUCGAAAAGUUAUCCUUAUAGCUUCGGCUCUUUUAAUGAGUGUAUCAUUAUUUGGAUUGGGAGCAUUUUUCUAUGUUCAAGCAUUUGGUAAUGAGUCGGCAAUAACGUGGAUUCCAGUACCAGCUUUAAUUCUAUUUAAUAUCGCUUAUGCAUUUGGAUUUGGUCCAGUUCCAUGGGCAAUACUUGGUGAAGUAUUCCCAUCAAAUGUCAAACCAAUUGGUGCAUCAUUAGCAUCGACAUUUUCUUGGACAACUUCAUUCUUGGUGACACGUUGGUUCCCAGAAUUGAAUGCUUUGGGACCAUAUUAUGCAUUUUUCAUGUUUGGAAGUAUGAUUUUCAUCUCAAUAUUCUUUAUUCUAUUUUAUGUAAUAGAAACUAAAGGACUUACAUUCCAAAAGAUUCAGGAAAAAUUACAUUCUUAGACAAAUGUAUACAAAAAUAUUAUUGA